CAGGACAGACUCAGAGGAAACUCUCUCGCCCUUUGUUCCUCCUAUCUCACAGUUUACCCUCUCUCUCUCCUCUCUCUCUCUGUGUCGGUGGAUGCCAGACCUCUCAGGGUGACAGCGAGCUGUGGAAUAAGGGGGGAGGUAGUGGAGGCAAACAGUGAGUGUGAAAUGUGUGUGUGUGUGUUUGACAACAUUCCUCUUCCUCUGAGCGUGUGCAGAAGGUGAAGAAGACGAACAGAGACGCUCCAAAAAACCAGAGGUUGUUUGAGCAUCAGACUGAAAAAGAGGAUGUGGGUCGACGCGGUCUGAAUGGAAAACACUGACGCCGUCAUCCUUCACAUCUCUCUUAUCCACCUGAAUCUGUGAAACCACGCGGCCGAUCCGAGAUGGCUGCCGUCAGUAUGUUGUUGCUGCUUGCGGUGGCGACGUCCGUCUGCAGAGGGAGUCUGGUGGCGUUGAACUCGGGCGUGGCGGUCUCCCGGGGCGGCUCUGUGUUCGUCACAGAGAAGGAGCUGAAGAUCAGCGUGGGUCUGGACGCAGACUGUAAAGUGGAGGUGGUGAUGAACGAGCCCGUCACACAGAGAGUGGGGAGGCUGACUCCACAGGUGUUCGACUGCAGCUUCCUGGAAGACGAGGUGAAAUACGUCCACAGUGGGAGUCCUCUGCUGAACCAGGACACCGUGAUGCUGAGAGUCUACAGGUUCACGUCCUCGGACACACAGGUGGACACGCUGGUCCUGGAGGUGCGGGUGGUGGACUCUGGGUCUGGGGUGGUGGAGUUGGGAAGCGCCCCGCUGGUGGUUCCUCAGUUCUACGGUUUGUCAAACGCCAUCGACAGCUCCGUCCUGAACAUCCGGACCAACGCCGACAUGAUCUGCAUCGUCAGACUGAUGACGACCGACACCAACGUCCCCGCUCUGGGUCAGCUGGUGAGCGAGGACGAGUCCACGCUGAGGAAGGGCAGAGAGACAGCUGUGAUCUGUGCGGGGAACAAACCGUGUCUCCAUCACACCAAGGAGGUUCAGUUCCUGAAAACCAGCUGCCAGGACUUCCUGAUCUCCGGUCUGAAGUACCAGCACCUGAGCCCGCCAUCGCCCGAGAUCGACUACAUCCCCCUCAGGGUGGAGCUGAGGGAGCAGGCCACCCGGGCGCUGCUGGAGGCUCAGUCCAUAUGGUUGCCGGUUCUGAUCCACGGUGCGAUGCAGAACCAGCCGCCCCAUGCCGCCUUCAUGGCCUCCUUCAUCCUGGAGGUGGACCAGUUCAUCCUCACCCCGCUCACCACCGCCGCCCUGGACGCCAAAGACCACGAGACACCGCAGGAGAGGCUGGUGUUCAACGUGACCGUCCCCCCCACGGAGGGGUACAUCGCCCACCUGGACGACCACACCAAGCCCAUCGCCUCCUUCACAUGGCUGGACCUCCACGAGAUGAAGGUGGCCUACCAGCCGCCCAACAGCAGCCAAUCACAGCGCAGGAACUACGAGGCGGAGUUCCAGGCGAUAGACGGGUCCUACGCGACCAGCCCGCCCAUCGUGGUACACAUCUCCAUCAGGGUGGCGGAAACAAACGCACCAAGAGUCUCCUGGAACAUGGGCUUGGACCUGCUGGAGGGUCAGUCCCGGCCAAUCACGUGGGAGGAGCUGCAGAUAGUCGACAAUGACAACAUCAACUCAGUGUUUCUGGUGGCCGUGGACGGACCUCUUCACGGACGCCUGAGUGUCAGAGGGGGGAAGGCGUUCAUGUUCCGCGUGCGUGACCUGAAGGACGGCGUGGUCGUCUACCACCACUCCGACAGCGACACCACCCGCGACCACAUCGUCUUCCGCAUCAGCGACGGCCGCCACAGCAUCCGCCACAAGUUCCCCAUCAACAUCCUGCCCAAGGACGACUCGCCGCCGUUCCUCGUCAACAACGUGGCGGUGGAGGUGCAGGAGGGCGGGGCGGUGCGGCUGGAGGAGUACAUGCUGUCGGCCUCCGACCUGGACUCCAGCGACGACUACGUCCUCUUCCAGGUGGCGUUCAAACCGAGGGCGGGGCGGCUGGUGAGGAAGAGCUCCGCCCACGACGCAGGAACUCCGGUGGACAGCUUCCUGCAGAGAGAUCUGAUCCAGGGUCAGAUCUUCUACCAGCACUCCGGAGACGAGACGUUCGAGGACUCCUUCGACUUCACGCUCUCCGACAGCCACCAGCCGCCAAACCUCUCCCAGACAUACACGGUGGUCGUCCACGUCUUCCCGGUGAAGGACCAGCUGCCGGUGGAGGUGGCGGGCAGCGCUCGCUCUCUGACCGUGAAGGAGACGGAGGUGGUUUACGUCACUCAGGCUCAGCUGCACUUCACCGACAGAGAGCGCCCGGACACAGACCUGACCUACGUCAUCACACAGCCCUGCUUCAGCCCAGUGCAUUCUGGGAUGAUGGACGCCGGGCGUUUGUUCUACACGGACAGCACCAACGCCAUGAAGAAAGACCGCAUGGCGCCCGUCUUAAAGUCCUUCACCCAGCACGCAGUGAAUCACAUGAAAGUGGCCUUCAUGCCUCCUGUUGAAGACAUCGGCCCCGAGCCGCUGUUUGUCCAGUUCGUCUUCUCGGUCAGCGACCACCACGGCGGCACCGUCAGCGACCUCGUCUUCAACAUCACCAUGACCCCUGUGGAUGACCAGGCGCCAGAGGCGUUCACCAACCUGCUGCGGGUGGAGGAAGGGGGCGGGGCCUUUGUGACGGAGGAGCACCUCCUGGUUCAGGACCGGGACAGCCGGGAGGAGGCGCUGAAGGUGGAGGUGCAGAGGACGGCGCUCCACGGUCGGCUGGAGCUGCAGGGCCGGACGCUGCUGCAGGGAGGCGCAUUCAGCCUGCACGACCUGAGAGGACUGCGACUCAGGUACAUCCACGAUGACUCUGAGACGACGGAGGACGAGGUCGCUCUGACGGUGACGGACGGACUGAACUCGGCCGACGUCGUUCUGCUGAUACAGGUCCUACCGAUGAACGACGAACCCCCCCAGCUGGGCGGGGGUCUGCGGGGGGAGCUGAGCUGUGAGGAGGGGGGGCGUGUCCAGGUGACGGUGGACUACCUUUCGGCCACAGACCGGGACAGCGAGGACUCCAGGCUGACCUACAUGCUCGCUCGCAGUCCGGGCAGAGGGGAGCUGCAGAGAGCCGGACUCAGCGUUGACAAGUUCUCCCAGCAGGACCUGCUGCAGGGACACGUGUACUACGUCCACACAGGAGGAGAGAUCGGGCCCGAUCCUGUUGCAGACACCGUCACCCUCAUCAUCUCCGACGGGGAGGCGGGAGGGACGGACGGCUGUUGCCACGGAGACGCCCCUCCCCCUCCCGUACCUCUGCACGGCACGCUGCCUGUGUACGACCUCAACGUCACCAUUCUUCCUGUCAACAACCAAGUCCCGACGAUCACUCUGGGUGGCUCCAUGUUCGUAGUGGACGAGGGGGCCUCAGCCUGUCUCUGUGGGGGGGUUCUUGGGGCCUCGGACCCCGACAGCCCACCGGACCAUCUGACCUUUCACCUGGAGACCCUCCCCCUGCACGGCUUCCUGGAGAACACGCUGCCAACGCCCGGCUCUGAGAAGAGCAACGCAGGAGUCCGAGUUGAAUCCUUCAGUCUCGUCCACCUGACCUCCGGUUUCAUCAACUACGUCCAAUCAGAAAGCAAAGGGGCGGAGCCGACUGUCGACCAGUUGUCCAUCAGUGUGAGUGAUGGGCUGCAUCACUCCGCCCCCGUCCCCUUUUACAUCAUCAUCAAUCCGACCAAUGAUGAGACACCUUCACUGCAGCUCGCCAACUUCACCGUGAAGGAGGGCGGGAUGAGGGAGCUGACCCCCUCCAUACUGAACGCUUUCGACCUUGACGCCCCUCCGGACAUCCUGACCUUCACCGUGGAGCGACCGCCUGCUCACGGCAGCCUGAUAAACGCCGUCUACGGCGCCGAGAUGAGCCGCUACGAGGAGACGGGAGCCGACCUCCUGCAGAGGAGCCUCCCCGUCACCUCCUUCACCCUGCAGGAGCUCCGACAAGGCAUGAAGAUCGUGUACAUGCACGAUGACACAGAAACCCUGAAGGACGCCGUGGCUCUGCGGCUGACAGAUGGCGUCCACACGGUGCGGGGGACGGCUCAGGUCACCGUGCUGCCGGUCAACGACGAGAAGCCCCGACUGCUCAAGAACGCAGGCUUGCAGGUGGACUCAGGUGAGCGCAGGGUGAUCUCCAAUGUGGUCCUAGAGGCCGCGGACCUGGACACGCCCCCAAACCAGGUGUUCUACUUCCUCAACGCUGCACCGCGCUUUGGUAAACUGCGGUUCAAGACAGAGUCCGGUUGGAGCGAGCUGUCGGCCGGUCACAACUUCACUCAGGACGACGUGGAGAUGAACCGUCUGUGGUACGCACACACCGCCGCCACCAACGCCGCCGGAUUCAAAGGUCACGACAGCUUCCGCUUCACCCUCAGCGACCUGGACAACGAGAGCCCGGCGCAGAGCUUCUUCAUAUCCGUCCACACCGUGCAGAAAGGUGACUUGGUGCUGCUGAGCAAGGCGGUGCGUCUGUCGGAGGGUCAGCGAGUCGUCCUGAACACCGACAUCCUCCUGGCGUCGGACUCGUCAGGUCGUCCCGAGGAGCUGGUCUACACCGUGUCCGUCCCGCCUCGACACGGCCUGGUCCACGCGGUCCAUCAGCCCGGGGUCCCGCUGGUCUCCUUCACACAGCUGGACGUCGCCGCGCACCGAGUGUGUUACACCCACGACAACAGCCACCACGCAGACGCCGACUCCUUCAGUUUCGUCGUCACAAACGGCGACUCGUCCCGAAGCGGCACCCUCCACUUCACCAUCGAGCACGGCGACCGCAUCCCGCCGACCCUCCACCACAACACGGGCCUGCAGCUCCAGGACGGCUCCACGCAGACCAUCACGGCCGAGCAGCUGCAGCUCACCGACCCGGACACGGCCGCCGCCAACCUGAGCUUCAUCGUCACGCAGCCGCCGCAGUACGGUAAACUGCUGCUGGGAGGAGUCCCGAUGUCGUCGCCGCUCAGGUUCACCCAGACGGACGUGGACGAGCUGAAGGUGGCGUACAGGCACGACCCGAGCAGCCCCGCAGAGAUCGACAGGUUCUACUUCCUGGCGACGGACGGGAGCAACAGAGGAUACCUGGAGUUUGGGCAGCUGAAGGAGGAGCCGGCUGUUUUUAACGUUCAGGUGCAACGCGUGGACCGGACGCCUCCCAGUCUGACCACCAGGAGGAGCCCCAGCACCGUGGUGGACCUGGGCGGCGGUCGAUACGGCGUCUUCAUCACCUCCAAACACCUGCAGGCCUCGGACCCCGACAGCCCCGCGGAGGAGCUGGAGUUCUCCAUCACCAGACCGCCUCACUUCGGAUACCUGGAGAACGCUGUCACAGGAGCGUACAUUAAAGGUCGUUUCACGCAGCGGGACGUGGACCAGCGUGCCGUCGUGUUCGUCCUCCCCGUUGAUAUGGAGGUGACGGCCGACAGCUUCGAGUUCCGCCUCAUCGACCCGGCAGGAAACACGGCGCUGCCCGAGAUACUGGACCUGUCCUGGUCUCGGGUGGAGUUGUCGGCGACCUGCUACCGAACCUGUGAGACGGCGGGGACGCUUCAGAUCCAAAUCCAACGCAGCGGCAAGAGCGUCGACCCGGCGUACAUAGCUAUCCAGGUGGAGGAGGGAUCGGCCAAACCCGGCAGAGAUUUCACCCACAGCACAGCCGCUCUCAUCCAGUUUGACCCAGGAGUCAGCGUGAAAACCUGGAACAUCUACCUGAUAGACGACGGCCUGGAGGAAAAUCACGAGACCUUCACUGUCACCCUGAAAAAUCCUAAAAACGCCGUCCUGGGACAGAGGACCUCCGCCAGUGUCGAGAUCAUUGACCCCAGAGGAGGACGGUGCGAUCCAGACGACCUGAGGGUGGAGGAGGACGAGAAGCGACUCCCUCCUCCUCGCCUCCCUGACCCCCCCAGGCCGAAGGAGGAAGAGGACCCCGUCACAGACAUCGAGGCAGAGCUGCUGUGGGAGAACCAGCCUCACCCUCCUCGAGGAGACGUCCCAAACCGCCGGCCCUACCUGGACUACGGAGAGGGAGAACCCCAGGACCAGGCGGCGCCCGGUUACAUCCACCCCCAAAGCAGGCAGCAGCCGGGGACUGGGAGCACCGGACACAGGGUCAGAGAAGGAGGAUUAAAGGUCCAUCUGUCAGGAGAGAGGAGGUCUGAGGAGAAGGUGUGGACGUUCCACAGUAUGACUCCGCUCCGGCUGGAGGAGCUGAAGCCGGGUGAUGCCGGGUGGAGUCGCUGGUCUCACAGUCGCCUCCUGCAGGAGCUCCCGGUUGGUGACCCUCCUCAGAUGGACCACCCAGAACCCAGAAACCAGCCAGAGCUACGCCAGCGCAAGACGGGGAAGUCGGUCACCAGCUCGUGUCCCGACGGUUGGACUCACUACAGGAGACGCUGCUACGUGGUCAGCACGUCUGUGGCGAGCUGGGGGAGUGCAGAGAGGACCUGCUCGCUGCUAUUUAACAGCAGCCUGACCAGCGUGCGCUCCAGAAGAGACAUGACCUGGCUGUGGAAGUUUGCAGGAAGGAAGCCAUUUUGGAUCGGUCUGUCUGGAGGUCCCGGUCGCUGGAUGUGGGCUGACGGUCGCUCUGUGUCCUUCUCCAGACUGAGGGGGGCGCCGCCGGGCAGCAGUGAGUCCGACGUAGGCUCCGACUGCGUGCUGGUCGAAACGCCCCGAAGCUGGAUCUCCACGAGCUGCUCCCCUGAAACCCAGCACACGUUUAUCUGCUCCUCUUCGGCUCACACUCACUGAGACGCGCUCAGCUGAUUCACUGCUACCCGUCCGUACAACCUCUGUGAACAUGUUACAUAUUUAAUGACACGCUACGAUGCUGCUCUGUACAUUAGUUUAUAUUUUUGUCAUAAUAAAGAUUGAUGCACAACCCAAAAUGAGACUCUUUUUUUAGUUUAAGAACUAAAAACUAUAUUCUAGUCACAGAAUGCUUCUACUUUAAAACGGAGACCUUUCUGAUUUUACUUACGUAGCCUACUUUUACUUCAUAAUAAACAUUUUGCAGGAGA